AUGGCCUUCCGUUCUCGUAUAUUAGACCUCGAAAAAGAGUCCAGCAAUCUAAAAGAGUCUACACUGGCUCUUGAAAAGAUUGUGACGGACGGCACUCACAGCGUGGCAAAAGAUAAUGCAAGCCUACAGAAUUUUGAAAAGGAGCAUGCUAAAAUCCAAGAUCGUAUUAACCGUCUUGAGGAUAUCACUAAAAUGCAACUGCAUGAUAUAAAUCGUAUGCUUGUGGAAGCAAACUAUUUAAACGGCGUCAACAACAACCGAGAUGAAAACGAGUCCUUUACAGAUAGACCAGGAUUAAGCGAUCGCGAUCUUGAAGUGAUCAAAGAACAAAAUGCCAGUUUACAAAUCCAUGUGCUUCAUCUUCAAGAAGAAAUUAACGAAACACAAGGAAAGAUCAGAAAGGUCAGAGAUAUGAUCAAACUUUACGGUCAAGUAUUGCAGGAAAUGUCAGCACGAUUCUCCAACACUCGUAAAUCAGAAGAACCCAAUCCUUUGUCGGGCCGUUCUCUCCGCACUAAAGAAGAAGAGUACGACUUAUUAAAGAAACAAAUCCAUGAUGUUCGUCUUCAGUCCAAGAAAGAACAACAAUUGAUCAUUUCUUCGUGGUACGAUCAUGUCAGACGUAACCAUCGUGAUGCCUCGAAUUUCUCUAUUCGUUCUGCUCCUUCCUCUUGGUUAGGAAGGCAACGAAAAGUCUUGGAUGUCCAACUCAGGCAAAGACUUUGCUAA